AUGGAAACAUCAUAUUCUGAAUAUGAAGAAUCCAACACAGGUGAUUUCAUUCCUCCAGAUUUGGAUUUCCCCCCUAGGUCUAUUCCUUUGAAACCAAUUGAAGGUCGGUAUAUAUUUAUUCGGGCAUUAGGUCAUGGGUCCUUUGGGACUGUGACUUUAGCUAAAUCUCAAUUUAAUGUAAAUCGUCUGCUGAAUAAUGAUAAUUCUGGUGCAACUUUAAUGUGCCAAGACAAUCUUUUCCCUGCCAAUAAAAUUACUCAUUGUCAAAACCUGGUUGCAAUCAAAACUAUGGUAACAAGACUAAAAACAUUACAUGAUUAUAAAAAAGUUAGAGAAAUAAAGUUUAUUUUGAAAAUGGCACCCAAUCUGCAUUUAAUACAGAUAUUUGAAAUAUUUAUUGAUACUAGAAAGUAUCAAUUGCAUAUAGUAAUGGAAUAUAUGGAACAAAAUUUGUAUCAAAUGAUGAAACAUCGAAAGAAUAAAGUAUUUUCAUAUCCUUCUUUAAAAUCUAUCCUGGCACAAUUGUUAGUUGCUAUAAAACACAUUCAUUCUUACAAUUUUUUUCACAGAGAUAUUAAACCGGAGAAUAUUCUUGUGACUCCAAGCUCUAUGUAUUUUGAUAAACAGUACUUGAAAACAGGUGAUUAUAAGGAUAAUUAUGUCAUUAAAUUAGCCGAUUUUGGUUUAGCUAGAAAUAUUUUCAAUUGUAAUUCAUAUACGCCUUAUGUUUCAACUAGAUGGUAUCGAUCACCUGAAAUUUUGCUAAGGAAUGGUUUUUAUUCCACACCUUUAGAUAUGUGGGCUUUUGGUUGUGUUGCUUUUGAACUUACUACUUUUAAGCCUUUAUUUCCUGGUAAUGAUGAACUAGACCAAGUUUGGAGAAUCCUAGAAGUCCUUGGAACACCCUACAAGUCGCCUGAAUUUUCUCAGCUUAAUUCAGAACCAUUUGGAGGAUUUUGGAAGGAAUCAUUAUUGUUAUUAAAUAAACUAAAUUUAACAUUACCGUUUUCAGAAGGGAUUAGCAUGCGAGCAAUCCUGCCUAAUCCACAAUUAAGAGACUUGACAGAAGUUAUUGAACAAUGUUUAAAGUGGGAUCCAAAUGAAAGAGUUUCUGCAUGUGUGUUGCAAAAUUUUAAAUUUUUUCAAAAUACUAUUAUUCAGAAAGAGUCUUCAAAUGAGACUAAUGGAAUCAGUAAUAUGCAACAGGCCAUGUUAUUUGCUGGUUUGAAUUCAAAAUCUUUUAUGUCCAGAGGUAAAACUUUGAAGAUAAAUGUGGAAAACGAAGACUUAGAAGAUAAGAAGCAGAAUAGUUCCCAAAUUAGGAACUACUUGUGUACUCAAUCACCAAAAAGACGGGAUCCUAACUGGCAAUUUGCUUCAACUAAUUCAUCUAAUAAACUUAUAUCAGAAAAGCCUAAGGAAGAAAAACUAACGGUUAAUGAAUUUUUGAAGGAGUAUAAAAGAAAUGAUGUGAAUAACCUUUUGGAUACAACUAUUGAGAAAAUGGUUCCUUCGACAGAUGCUUUUCUUGAAAGUACAAAAUUAUCAGUGGUUAAAAAUAAUGAUACUUAUGAAGAUUUGGAUAUUGAUAUAGAUGAGAUAUAUGAUAGUGAUCAAUUUUAUAAGGAUGGUAACAAAAAUUGCUUUAUUAGAGAUGAGAUCUACGAUACAGAGGAGGAGGAAAUUAAAAAGGAAUUGUCCAGAGAAAUUGAAUUAAACCUUAAAAAUUCUAUACCUAGGGAAGUCCCAAACGAAGGUGACUCAUUAAUUUUAAAGAAAUGCUUUAAUCAUGCUUCUUAUGGAGAUUUUUUUACCGUAGGGAAAGACGCUGAUCCAGAGUUAGAGAAUCUCAACAUUAAGAUACAGCAAGAACAGAUGAAGGACUUUUCAGAUGCAUUUCCCAUGAACCUUGAAACUUCUAAUGGAAGAACUAAUACAGGGUCCAUGUAUACCGGUUUGAUUAAUGCAAAUGUUGUUACUAUUAAUAAAAAUGAUUAUGAUAACUACAAUAAAACAAAUCCAAAUUCCUAUAUUCUUUCAAAAAAUAUUCAAAAUGAAAUUCAACAUAGACAUAAUAAUUUACUAGAUAGUUCGUUUGACUCUAGUAUGAAUAUUACUGCUAGAAAGUAUUUUGCUGAAAAUCAUAAAGAAGAGCCCUUUUUUAAUCUUUCCAGUAGCAAUAUUAUAGAUAAUAUAGAAAUUGAACAUAGUAAACCUCAUGAGGAGACAAGAGGAAGUCAAUUUGUAGGCAAUAUUACAUUUUGA